CACACACACACUCACUCACAGAGCCCCUAGGAAAAAAGCUAUUUUUUUUUCAUUUUUCUGUGGUUGUUUUACUUUCCUAAAUUGGCCAUUAGUUAGCGUUAAUGUUCAACGUGGAGUCAUUUAUGUACACAGGAGCUUUCGGAUGUGGCAUUGCAGGGCAGGUUAAUGUUCGAUGUAUAAACACUAGACAAGCACUCCCUACACAGUAAGCACAUUCAAGCAUUCAUUGAAUGAGGAUUGCAAACCGAAGAAUUGUUCCUGUGCUCUCUGCCACAAGGUGAAGAUGUCUCUCCCCGUCGGGCAGCUGGUACAGGUGAGCCAUGGAGGUCUACUUCGGCGAGUACCAGCACGUGCAGCAGGAGUAUGGCGUCCACCUGAGGCUGGCCAGCGACGAGACCAAAUCCUCGAGGACCUCGCAGCCGUCUAAGGCGGGCUCGUACGGCGUCAGCAUCAGGGUGCAGGGCAUCGACGGCCACCCGUACAUCGUCCUCAACAACACGGAGCGCUGCCUGGCGCGCCCCUCCUCCUUCCCCGACGGCCACGAGGGCCACGGUGCCGCGCCCUUUCCCGCUCCCGGCGCCGCCCCCCCGCAGAUCCCCGAGCACCCCCCGUACGCCCCGCCGGGCCCCGCACGCCGCCUCCAGCCGCCCCCCCUCCACCAGGGCCGGAACGGGGUCCUGGAUCGGAAAGCCGGCCCGGGGAAGCCGUCCCCCCUGCUCAACUGCCAGAAGCACCCGGAGCUGCUGCAGCCCUACGACCCUCGCCAGCACCAGCGCCCCCCCGACGGCCCCUGGCUGAGGAAGGCGACGGAGGAGGAGGAGACCCCCGGGCGGGCGUCGUGGCCGGGCUCCCCCCACCCCAGCCCCCCCGCCGGGGAGGACCUGGACCAGGAGGCCCGCGUCACCGCCAUCCGGCUCUGCAGCUCGGUGGUCAUCGAGGAUCCCCACCAGCAGACCUCGGUGUGCGUGAACGUGCAGAGCCGUUCCAAAGACGGGGCGGGGGGGGACGAGGCCUGCGCCCCCCCGGCGGCUCCUCACAGCCCCCCGGGCCACCCCGAAAUCAGGAGGGCCAGGCCGGACGUCCUGCCCUUCCGGAGACAGGACUCGGCGGGGCCCGUCCUGGAGGGGGGCCGGGGGUCGCGCCGGUCCUCCUCGGCCUCCACCACCCCCACCUCGGCCCACUCGCUCUACCGCUUCCUCCUCGACGACCAGGACCACGUGAACCGGCACGAGAACCGGAGGUACAUCCCGUUCCUGCCGGGCACCGGGCGGGACAUCGACACGGGCUCCCUGCCCGGCGUGGACGCGUUGAUCGAGAAGUUCGACGGGAGGUCCGGGCUGCUGCCGCCCCCCACGUCGUCGUCCCGGAGAGGCCGGUCCGGGAAGCGCGGGCGGCUGGCCCCCGAGGACCGCAGACGGUCCCGCAGCGUGGACAGCGCCUUCCCCUUCGGGCUGCAGGGCGACGCCGCGUACCUGAGCGAAUUCACCAGGAACCUGGGCAAGUCCAGCGAGCACCUGCUGCGGCCGUCGCAGCUGUGCGGGGCCCGGAAGACGCCCGCGGCGGGGACGCCGCCGCCCCCCGGGGCCCGGCCCCCCGCAGACGCGCGCCCCGCCAAGGCCCAGGGCGCAAAGCUGCAGCCCGCCCCGCCGGGCGCGCCCCCCAGGCCUCCCCACCCGGACCCCCAGCUGCCCCGAAGCAAAGGGAGCCCGGAGUGGGUGGCCGCCCCCCCGGGGGGUGCGUCCUCCUCCUCCUCCUCCUCCUCCUCCUCCCCGCCCGGGCCCAGCAAGAAAGAAGAAGAAGUCAAAACGGCCACCGCCACCCUGAUGCUGCAGAAUCGGGGGGCGGCGGCCACCUCGCCCGAUUCCUCCGCCACCAAGAGGAUUGCUGGCAAGUCGUUUCCUUCCAGUGCGCAUGCUCAGGCGACCCCAGAUCUCCUAAAGGGCCAGCAAGAGCUCACUCGACAAACCAAUGAGGAGACAGCCAAGCAGAUACUCUACAAUUACCUCAAAGAAGGAAGCAUGGACAAUGAGGAUGCCACUAAACGGAAAGUCAACUUGGUCUUCGAGAAAAUUCAAACCUUAAAGUCUCGCGCAGCAGGGAGCACACAAGGAAAUAAUCAAGCUUCCUCAUCUGAACUCAAAGAUCUACUGGAACAGAAAAACAAGUUGGCUCUAGAACUUGCUGAACUUAAGAAGCAGCUUCAACUAGAAGUCAAGAAUCAACAGAACAUCAAAGAAGAGAGAGACAGGAUGAGAGCCAGCCUGGAGGAGCUGCGGGGCCAACACGAGAGCAAGCUGGAAGAGCUCGCCAGGCUGCAGCAACAACUGGAGGAAAGUGAAGCAGAGCUGCAGAAGCACCUGGAGGAGCUCUUCCAGGUGAAGAUGGAACGGGAACAGCACCAAACGGAGAUCAGGGAUCUGCAGGACCAGCUCUCGGAAAUGCACGACGAAUUGGACAGUGCCAAGCGGUCCGAGGACAGGGAGAAAGGAGCUCUGAUUGAGGAACUCCUCCAGGCCAAGCAGGACCUCCAGGACCUGCUGAUCGCCAAGGAAGAGCAGGAAGACCUCCUGAGGAAGAGGGAGCGCGAGCUGACCGCCCUGAAGGGGGCCCUGAAGGAGGAGGUGUCCAGCCACGACCAGGAGAUGGAGAAGCUGAAGGAGCAGUACGAUGCUGAGCUCCAGGCGCUCCGGGAGAGCGUGGAGGAAGCCACCAAGAACGUGGAGGUCCUGGCCAGCCGGAGCAGCGUGGAGCCGAGGCCGGCGGGGGCCCAGCUGCGGGAGAAGGAGCUGGCGGAGGAGAACGCGGGGCUGCGGCUCCGGGGCGAGGAGCUGGAGCGCAGGGCGGCUCAGCUGCAGGAGCAGCUGGAGGCCGGGCGAGGCCGGGAGGCGGAGGCCCAGGACGCACUGCUCAAGUGCAAGGGUGAGAUGCAGCACCUAGAAGAGGCCCUUGAGCUCGCCCGGACGGAAGAGGCGGAGGCCACGGAGGCCAGGAGGGCGCUGGAGAGCGCGCUGGAGGAGGCCCAGAGAGCGCUGAGCCGCACCACGCAGGAGCACCGGCAGCUGUGCGAGAAACUCCACGACGAGCCUGAGCAGAAGGAGCAGCUGAGGAAACUGAGGAACGAGAUGGAGAGCGAGCGGUGGUGCCUGGACAAGACCAUUGAGAAGCUGCAGAAGGAGAUGGCUGACAUUGUUGAGGCGUCCCGCACGUCCACCCUGGAGCUCCAGAGCCAUCUGGAUGAGUACAAGGAGAAAACGCGCAGGGAGCUCGCAGACGCGCAAAGGCAGCUGAAGGAGAAGACCCUGGAGGCAGAGAAGGCCCGCCUGGCAGCCUCCAACCUACAGGAGGAGGUGCGUCACCUAGAAGAAGAAUUGAGGGACCACCAGCGAUCUCAGGAGGAAGAGCUCACGAGAAGGCAGCUUCUAGAACAGACGCUGAAGGAGCUGGAGUACGAGCUGGAGGCCAAGAGUCACGUGAAAGAUGACCGCAGCCGGCUGGCAAAGCAGAUGGAGGACAAGCUGUCCCAGCUGGAGGCGGAACUGGACGAGGAAAGAAACAACUCGGAUCUGCUGUCUGAUAGGAUCGCUCGGAGCCGGGAGCAGAUGGAGCAGAUGAGGAGCGAGCUGCUUCAGGAGAGAGCUGUGAGGCAGGACUUGGAGUGUGACAAGAUUUCCCUGGAGAGACAGAACAAGGACUUAAAGAGCCGGAUCAUCCACCUGGAAGGUUCCUACAGGUCCAGUAAAGAGGGGCUGGUGGCACAGAUGGAGGCCAGGAUCACCGAGCUGGAGGACCGUCUGGAGACUGAGGAGAGGGACCGGGCCAGCCUCCAGCUCAGCAACCGAAGACUGGAGCGGAAGGUGAAGGAGCUGGUGAUGCAGGUGGAUGACGAGCACCUCUCGCUGACCGACCAGAAGGACCAGCUGAGCUUACGCUUGAAAGCUAUGAAGCGCCAGGUGGAGGAGGCCGAGGAGGAAAUCGACAGACUGGAAAGUUCGAAGAAGAAGCUGCAGAGGGAGCUGGAGGAGCAGCUGGACGUGAACGAGCACCUGCAGGGGCAGCUCAAUUCCAUCAAGAAGGACCUGAGGCUGAAGAAGCUCCCGAGUAAAGUGCUGGAUGACAUGGAUGACGAUGACGAUGACCUGAGCACCGACGGGGGGAGCCUCUACGAGGCACCCCUGAGCUACGCCUUCCCCAGGGACAGCACCAUCAUCAGCCAGAUCUGAAUCUGCUUCCGGGGCUGCUGAAGCGGCCCCAGGUUUCUAACAAGAUGCUGCGGCCGCCCAAAGCGAGAGGCGACACGGGGAACGUCUGGAACAGAGACGCCCCCCUCCUCCGGCCCCCGGCCGCCCCUCCUUGCACCGCCGCUGGAUUCUCCAUGAGGACCCGAGCCUCUCACGGUGCUGUGACAGCACCGCCCACCAUGGCAGUUUUGAAAAUAUAAUUCAGGAAGACGGGCCCUAUUGGGCACAGCGGUCUGCCACGAAUCCCUGGCAUCUC